AUGUGGAUUCAGUUCAAAGUGUCUUACAAUGUCAAUACUUUAUUAUGUUACUUUAUAAAUGCUACGCAACAAUUCAGACUCACACAUAGCUGGGGUCUUUUAGCACCAAAUGGGACAUGGAACAAAGAUUCUAUGAUAGAUAGAAUACGACAAAGAGACGAUGAAGUAAACGGUGUUGGUUUGGUUAUUAUGAAGCAUCGUAUGAGUGCUGUUCGUUAUUUAGCUAGGACUUCAAAAAGUCGAGCUAGUUUUAUAUUUCGAAUGCCUGCUUUAUCGUAUGUCAGUAAUAUAUUACGUUUAUCUUUUCAACCAAACCUAUGGGUUGGCGUUGGUAUUCUGGCAUUGCUAAUGUUAGCAAUAAUUAAAUUUUUGUUUUCAUUCGAAGUUAAAAGGAAUGCAAGUAAAGAUAGAGCUUACAACAUUGAAUCUUUAUCUUUGCAAAAAAGUUGGGCAUCGAUGUCUGUUUUUCUUGUGGGUUCAUUCUGUCAACAAGGAGUGGAGAAAGAACCAGAGGGUGUUUCAGGACGCGUUGGAACAUUCUUCGUAUACUUGGCCGUGCUGUUUCUUUAUACCUCAUAUUCAGCUAACAUUGUCGCUCUUCUACAGGCAUCCGCUAGUAUUGAAACCUUCGAGGAUUUCACGCAAAGUCCAUUAAAAGCUGGCCUUUUAGAUUUUGAACUGUCUAGAAUAUUGUUCGAGAAUUCAACAAAUCCAAUACGAAAACAAAUUUUUGAUGAAAAAGUUGGCCCGAAAGGAUACUAUAAUUAUGCGAAAGGUGUGGAAAAAAUCAGAAAAGGUUUAUUUGCAUUUUAUGCAGAGCCUGGUAUUAUGUUUCAUGUAAUAAGUAAGACAUUUGAAGAGAGUGAAAAAUGUGAUUUACAAGAAAUUUUAACUCCUGGCGAGUUUUCAGCGUUAUUUCAUGCGACGCCACAUAAAUCCCCAUAUAUUGAAGUAUUUCGAAAUGGGUAA